CAGCAGCAGCAGCAGCAGCUGGAGGCUUCGUCCCCGGGGACCUACCUGAGCCGGAGCCGCAGCGCCUGGUACUCGCAGUACGGCAACCAGGCCAUCCUGGUGCGGGACAGAAGCAAAGCGGAGGUCGCCAGGGACACCGGGCAGUCCCGCUUCUGCUCCGUGAUGUGAGUCUACCGCCGCGGUAAAUCCCGGG